GUACGGAACAUUUACCGGGAAUCAUCUAUACGUAAUUUUAUCAACGUGGUCGUUGUUAGGCUUAUCAUUUAUGAAACAUCAUGGGAGCAACCCUUUACGGUAUCCCCAAACGCAGCAUCCACGCUCAAGGAGUUCUGUCUAUGGCAGCAUCGAUUCAACGACUUCACUCCCAACAGUGCCAAGCAUCACGACACGGCCAUCCUCAUUACCAGAGAAGAUAUAUGCAGAGCUCCAGGCAAGUGCGACACACUGGGCCUGGCAGAGCUAGGAACUAUUUGUGAUACCAGACGAAGUUGUUCUAUCAUCGAAGACAAUGGAGUCAGUGCAGCAUUUACUGUGGCCCAUGAGUUGGGACAUGUCUUUAAUUUGCCACAUGAUGAUGAUAAGCAGUGUACAGACUUGCUACCAGAAGAUCAAAAAAAUGCAUUCCAUGUGAUGUCGCCAACGCUGGACUACAACUCCAGUCCCUGGGACUGGUCCAACUGUAGUGCUCGGCUUAUGACCGAGUUUCUGGAAUCAGGCUUAGCUAGCUGUCUUCAGGAUGGUCUGCGGGUCAAACAAUGGCUGACCAGCAUGAAGGACGUCGAGGAGCCUGGCGAAGUCUACUCUGUUGACAGACAAUGCCAGCUGGUAUUUGGGGCAGAUUAUUCUGUCUGCCCAUACCCGAAUAACCCUCAGUGUCGGAGACUGUGGUGCGCAAAUGAGAACGACAAUAAUACGGGCUGUCGAACAAAACAUAUGCCAUGGGCAGAUGGAACCACCUGUGGCUACAACAGGAUCUGCAUACAAGGUGACUGUCUGCCUAAACCAGAACAAAAGCCAAAAAUAGUAAAUGGAGGCUGGGGUCCUUGGAAGUAUUAUGGCCCUUGUUCUAGGACGUGUGGAGGCGGGGUCAAGACAAGAUAUCGAGAAUGCAACAAUCCAGAACCACAAAAUGGCGGCCGCUACUGUUUGGGUCCUAGGGUCAGAUACAAGUCCUGUAAUGUCAAGGCAUGCCCACCAGACAGCCAGGAUUUCAGAGAAGUUCAAUGCCAAAGCGAAGAAAUGAGAAAGAAAUUCCGCUUCAAUUUGCACAAUAUUCCUCAAAACACAACAUGGAAGCCAAAAUAUACUGGAGUUCACAUGAAAGAUGCUUGCAAGCUGUACUGCAGUGCAGGCAAUGGCUCCACUUACUACGAGUUCUCCAAGAAAGUGAUUGAUGGAACCAAGUGCUCUCCCUUCACCGAUGAUAUUUGUGUCAAUGGACAAUGUUGGGCUGUGGGCUGCGACAACAAACUGGGCUCUCCCAUGAAACGGGACAGGUGUGGGGUGUGUGGAGGUGACAACUUCACAUGUCGCACUGUCACUGGAGUCUUCAACAAUGCUAUUUAUGGCUACAAUUAUGUGGUGACGAUCCCCAGCGGGGCGACAGAGAUCGAUGUCAGACAGUACGGACAGAUUCGACAUGUCAAGGAUGACGACAACUACCUGGCACUGCAAGAUUCACAGCGCAGAUACAUUUUGAAUGGAGAGUACACCGUCAGGACAGAGCCAUGGAAAGUGAAGGUCAGAGGGGCACUGGUGGAGUAUACAGGGUCAGAGGAGCUGACAGAGCGAAUCAAUACCACCAUGGUGAUUGAGGAGAAUAUCAGCGUUUUUGUGCUGUCUGUUGGUAGACUGAAUCCCCCAAACAUCACAUACUCUUAUAUGGUGUCCGUUAACAAGAACGUACAAUGGAAGAACCAUGGAUGGAGCAAGUGCAGUGCUGUCUGUAAUGGCAUACGGAGAAGCAAAGUCCAGUGUGUUGGGGAGGAUGAUAAUGUGAUAGUCUACAAGAAACGAUGCAAGGGACUCAAGCGACCCGUCAGACUGACUGAACCUUGCAACACUGACUGUAAAAUCAGCUGGCGUUUCUUCAGCAAAGAAGAGUGCCCAGUUCGCUGCGGGACUGCUGUGCGCAGGCAAAUUGUUCACUGUAUCAAACAAACAGUUUACAAGACUGUCCAUGUAAUCAAUGACAAAGAAUGCCAAAAUGCUUUUGGUCCCAAGCCAAAUGAGACUGUACCUUGCCAGGGCCAGUGUCUCCCCACAUCAUGGAUGUACACAGAGUGGUCCCAGUGUUCUAGAACAUGUGGAGAUGGCAUUCAGGAGAGACGAGCCAAAUGUGUGGACGAGUCCGGCAAAGAACUUGCAGACACAGAGUGUGUUGACAAAGACAGGACUGUUACUCGACACUGUAAUUUAGGUCAGUGUGCUGAAUGGACAACUGGAAACUGGCUAGGGUGCUCGGUGAGCUGCGGCACUGGCUACAAACAGAGGAAAGUGUGGUGCAUGAAGGACGGUGAGAAGGUUGAUGAUGAAGAAUGUGCUAAAAAGAAACCUCCGGCAAAGAAAGAAUGUAAUCUUGACAGUUGCCCUGAGUGGUACCUGGGAGGCUGGGGUCCGUGCUCUGUGACAUGUGGGACAGGAGUCAGUCUGGGGACAGUCAAAUGCCGAGUCGGUGAAGGGUUCCAGGAUGAUGCAGUGUGUGACGCCAGCAUGAGGCCCGUGGAUAAGAAAGCUUGUUUUAUUGGAGCAUGUCCAACGGAGAAGUCCAUUUCUACAAUUGCUGUUAAAACUGUACCUAAAGCUGCUUUCUGGAGAUAUGGCAGCUGGACGGAGUGUUCUGCUUCAUGCGGUGCUGGAACAAAACAUCGGUAUGUCAGCUGUAUGGACUACCAUGGAAACAAGAUUGACGAGAAAGAAUGUUCACACCUGCCACAACCUCCAAAGGUGGAAAACUGCAUGCGGCAGCCAUGUGGAGCCUGGAGACAAGGAGACUGGAGUGAUUGCACUGUGACAUGUGGGGAGGGUAUCCAAACCCGGUUUGUUGCCUGUACAUUCAACCAGCAGCGUCAGGAUGACCGCUUCUGUGACAUCACUGUGAAACCAGAGACAGAGAUCCAGUGCAACAGAGGAACCUGCCUGACGCCCGACAGCUUUGAUGUGGCGGUCAUUACCAGUAACAGUGUGGUUGGCACUACCCACUGGAGAGUGGGUCAGUGGAGCACGUGCUCUAGUUCUUGUGGCACAGGGUGGCAGAGACGACAUGUCAUGUGCCGGGAUGAGCAAGGCGCUAGUGACGAAUGUGAUAAAACUGUCAAACCUGAUGAAUUCAAACACUGCGACAGUGGAGCAUGCCCAAGCUGGCAUGUUGACACAUGGUCAAAUGUAAUUGCAAAAUGUGAAGAAAAUGGCGUCCAAACCCGUCUGGUGGUGUGUCGUGUCCCUGAUGGUGACAUUCUUGGCAACUCUAACUGUGACAGCAAAAAUAAACCCCCAGAAUCUACACCUUGCAAAGGACCCUGUGACGACCACAAGAUUCAAACCACCUGGCAGAAAAGUCCCUGGUCUGUGGUAAGUUCCACGUCUGCUAUUCAUUCUGUUUCUCAAGGUCAUAUGUUCAAGCCUACAGGUAGACUCCAUUACCGCCUACCUUUACAUCAGCGAAGACCAGAACUAAAUAGAAACAUACGCACCAGCUACACUUCAUAUAUUAAUGAUGGUCUUGUACCUUCAGUUCUACAGUCCCACAUAACUGCUGUGACUAGUACACAAAACAGAUACUAUGGUUUGAAUGUAAAUUCUAGUUCCACUGAUAACAGACGUGAGCCAAGUCAU